CUUAUUUUGAAAAAAUGCGUUUAGAAGUGUAGAUGUAAUUUUAUUUUUGGCACUUAUUUAAUAAAUAUAUAAAUUGUGGUCUUAUCUGACAAUGGAUCUCAGUAAUAACGAAAAUGAUUCAUACGACUACGACACGCCUUCGGAUACGGAUCAUGAGUCUAGCCAUGUAGCAGGACAUGGCCGAGCUUCCAGUGGGUCGCAAACAUCACGUGGAAGUGAUGGCUCAUCUUAUCAGCGCAACAGUCAAGUGUACCAACAGCAGAUAUCAGGUUCCUCCUCUGCAGGAGGUGAUAGACCACCUGAUGUUACUGGUAUCGGUGAUACUGUAGAUGCUGGAAAUAAUUCAUCAAGCUGGUCUUCUGCGCCGAAAAUGGAAAGCAAACAUUCUACAGUAAGCAGCGGCAGCAGUCGUGGUACUCUGCUUCCGUGGUGCGCUGGUGCGAAUCGAGAGCGCGUUGCUUUGGUUACGCCUGUGCAAACUGAAUCUUCAGCGGGAUCUGAUCUUUUGCCAGGAGAGUUUGUUAUGAGAUCUUUGUUUGCUGAUUUUGCAAUUCAAGCCGAUCGCAAAAUGGAAACUGUUAUGGCUGAACCACCGGAAAGACCUAUAUCAAAAGUUUUACAACGUGGAGAGGAUCCUCAAUUUGAUCAAUUGUUGAGUGCUUUUGGAUCUGUUGCGGAGCACUGUCUGCCUUCGUUAUUGCGUGCACUGUUCGGUUGGUAUGAACGUCAGAUGGCCCAAGGCGGCGCUACUGAACAGAAAAAAGUUGACCAGAAAGGAAAAAGUAUUAUGUACAGUAUUGUAUCAGGUCCACCUGAACCUGUUGAGAGAAGUGAGGCUGAUAUACAAAUGGAGAGAAGAGACUUAGCUGUAGAAUUUUUAUUCUGCUUAGCACUCAUCGAAGUGUUGAAGCAAUUACCAUUUCAUCCAGGGCAUGAAGAUCUCAUUACUUAUAUUGAACAAAUUUCCUUUAAACAUUUUAAAUAUAGGGAAGGUAUACAAUCGGGACCAAAUGCCGCAAACAUACAUAUCAUAGCUGAUUUAUAUGCAGAAGUUGUAGGAGUACUGGCACAAAGCCGAUUCAUGUCUGUUAGAAAACAUUUUAUGAAUGAGUUGAAAGAACUACGUACCAAAGAAGCUAGUCCAACAACUACACAGUCUAUCAUAUCUUUACUCAUGGGUAUGAAAUUUUUUAGAGUCAAGAUGGUUCCCAUUGAAGAAUUUGAAGCCAGUUUUCAAUUUAUGCAAGAGUGUGCGCAAUAUUUUCUUGAAGUGAAAGAUAAAGAUGUGAAACAUGCAUUGGCUGGACUCUUUGUAGAAAUUUUAGUUCCAGUUGCUGCGGCUGUUAAAAAUGAAGUUAAUGUGCCUUGUCUUAAAAAUUUUGUAGACAUGCUAUACUCGCAAACCUUGGAUGCCAGUACUAAAUCAAAGCAUCGGCUGGCACUUUUUCCAUUAGUCACUUGUUUACUCUGUGUUAGUCAGAAGACUUUCUUUUUAGCAAAUUGGCACUACUUUUUAGCUAUGUGUUUAUCAAAUUUGAAGAAUAGAGAUCAAAAAAUGUGUCGAGUGGCAUUAGAGUCACUAUAUCGUCUUUUAUGGGUGUACAUGAUUCGUAUAAAAUGCGAAAGCAAUCAAGCAACUCAAUCGAGAUUACAAAGCAUUGUCAAUUCUCUAUUUCCUAAAGGAUCAAAAGCUGUGGUACCUCGUGAUACACCCUUAAAUAUUUUUGUGAAAAUUAUUCAAUUUAUAGCCCAAGAACGAUUAGAUUUUGCUAUGAAAGAAAUUGUUUUUGAUUUGUUAUCAGUAGGAAGAACCAUCAAAAUAAUUCUUACUCCUGAGCGAAUGAGUAUAGGUUUGAGAUCAUUUUUGGUGGUUGCAGAUAGCUUGCAACAAAAGGAAGGUGAACCGCCAAUGCCUAGAACAAUGGGAGUAUUACCCUCUGGAAAUACUCUUAGGGUAAAGAAAACAUUUUUAAAUAAAAUGUUGACAGAAGAUACUGCCAGAAGUAUUGGUAUGAAUAGCUAUUUUUCACAUGUGAGAAGAGUCUUUGUUGACAUUUUAAGAGCUCUAGAUGUUCAAUAUGGAAGACCAUUAAUGAUGACAAAUACUCAGAAUGUUAACAAAGAACCAGAUGAAAUGAUUACAGGCGAGAGAAAACCCAGGAUCGACUUGUUUAGAACUUGUGUUGCGGCUGUACCUAGACUAAUACCGGAUGGUAUGACUGGUGCUGAAUUGGUUGAUUUAUUAGCUCGCCUGACUGUACAUUUGGAUGAAGAAUUGAGGGUUUUGGCUUAUCAAAGUUUACAGACUUUGGUGCUUGAUUUUCCUGAUUGGAGACAGGACGUUAUAUGUGGUUUCACACAGUUUCUGGCUAGAGAUGUUUUGGAUACUUUUCCACAGCUUGUUGAUAAUGGUCUAAGAAUGUUACUACAACUCUUAACCAGCUGGAAAAAUGCUCUAACCAGUGUCGCGGCAAAUGCUUCUGCUAGAGCUAAAGAAAGCCCAGAGUCUAAUGGAUCUAAAAAAAUAGAUAUUAAAGUUGAACCAGCAUCUUCAAUACUCCAUAUGGUUGAAGGAUUUGCUUUAGUUAUGUUAUGCAACUGCAGAGUGUUCCCAAGGAAAUUAGCUGUACACAUAUUACGCGAGGCAAAAAUGCUUUUAAAAGCACUCUGUAUCACAGAAGAAGAUCAGGCUGUCAUUGAUGUUAUAGACAAGUGCUGCCCACAAGUUAUAGAAAAAUUACUUCCUAGUUUACCAGCUGCAGAAAAAACUGCUGCAUUAGCUGCUUCGACCAUAGACUUACAGUGGAUUGCCGAUAGAAGUGCCUCCGUAUGGACUGCUGAUGAUUCAUGUAAUUAUAAAAACCAAAGAAUGUGGUAGAUAGCCCUUUAUUGAAACUCAUAAUUUGAUGUCCUUUUAGGUAACGCAAAUCGAUCAACGACUUCGUUGAAUUCAGGUGCCAUGGAUCCUUGGAGUGCUUGCUUAUUUGCUUUCCUUGAGCGUGGACGAGUCCUUACACAUUGCCCUCUUGCUGUGACCCAUUCAUGGCCAUUUGUUUUCGGCAGAGUUACUACUCUUUUCACGGUUGUCGAUCCAACCCCUGUGUCAGACAACAGAGCUUCAUUGUUAAGAAGUAGUGCCGUUCCUCGACGUCCAGUUACCGAACGCGACGUUUACAUGCAUCUUUGGAAGAAUUAUGUUACUUUUGCAUACCGAGUGGUACCUCCUGCUCCUUGUCCGAGCGUGAGGUGCGCCUCACCUGACUUAAGUCUCAGAUAUAGGGAAGGUAUACAAUCGGGACCAAAUGCCGCAAACAUACAUAUCAUAGCUGAUUUAUAUGCAGAAGUUGUAGGAGUACUGGCACAAAGCCGAUUCAUGUCUGUUAGAAAACAUUUUAUGAAUGAGUUGAAAGAACUACGUACCAAAGAAGCUAGUCCAACAACUACACAGUCUAUCAUAUCUUUACUUAUGGGUAUGAAAUUUUUUAGAGUCAAGAUGGUUCCAAUUGAAGAAUUUGAAGCCAGUUUUCAAUUUAUGCAAGAGUGUGCGCAAUAUUUUCUUGAAGUGAAAGAUAAAGAUGUGAAACAUGCAUUGGCUGGACUGUUUGUAGAAAUUUUAGUUCCAGUUGCUGCGGCUGUUAAAAAUGAAGUUAAUGUGCCUUGUCUUAAAAAUUUUGUAGACAUGCUAUACUCACAAACCUUGGAUGCCAGUACUAAAUCAAAGCAUCGCUUGGCACUUUUUCCAUUAGUCACUUGUUUACUCUGCGUUAGUCAGAAGACUUUCUUUUUAGCAAAUUGGCACUAUUUUUUAGCUAUGUGUUUAUCAAAUUUGAAGAAUAGAGAUCAAAAAAUGUGUCGAGUCGCAUUAGAGUCACUAUAUCGUCUUUUAUGGGUGUACAUGAUCCGUAUAAAAUGCGAAAGCAAUCAAGCAACUCAAUCGAGAUUACAAAGCAUUGUCAAUUCUCUAUUUCCUAAAGGAUCAAAAGCUGUGGUACCUCGUGAUACGCCUUUGAAUAUUUUUGUGAAAAUUAUUCAAUUCAUAGCUCAAGAACGAUUAGAUUUUGCUAUGAAAGAAAUUGUUUUUGAUUUGUUAUCAGUAGGAAGAACCAUCAAAAUAAUUCUUACUCCUGAGCGAAUGAGUAUAGGUUUGAGAUCAUUUUUGGUGGUUGCAGAUAGCUUGCAACAAAAGGAAGGUGAACCGCCAAUGCCUAGAACAAUGGGAGUAUUACCCUCUGGAAAUACUCUUAGGGUAAAGAAAACAUUUUUAAAUAAAAUGUUGACAGAAGAUACUGCCAGAAGUAUUGGUAUGAAUAGCUAUUUUUCACAUGUGAGAAGAGUCUUUGUUGACAUUUUAAGAGCUCUAGAUGUUCAAUAUGGAAGACCAUUAAUGAUGACAAAUACUCAGAAUGUUAACAAAGAACCAGAUGAAAUGAUUACAGGAGAGAGAAAACCUAGGAUCGACUUGUUUAGAACUUGUGUUGCAGCUGUACCUAGACUGAUACCGGAUGGUAUGACUGGUGCUGAAUUGGUUGAUUUAUUAGCUCGCCUGACUGUACAUUUAGAUGAAGAAUUAAGGGUAUUGGCUUAUCAAAGUUUACAGACAUUGGUGCUUGAUUUUCCUGAUUGGAGACAGGACGUUAUAUGUGGUUUCACACAGUUUUUGGCUAGGGAUGUUUUGGAUACUUUUCCGCAGCUUGUUGAUAAUGGUCUAAGAAUGUUACUACAACUCUUAACUAGCUGGAAAAAUGCUUUAACCAGUGUCGCUGCAAAUGCUUCUGCUAGAGCUAAAGAAAGCCCAGAAUCUAAUGGAUCUAAAAAAAUAGAUAUUAAAGUAGAACCAGCAUCUUCAAUACUCCAUAUGGUUGAAGGAUUUGCUUUAGUUAUGUUAUGCAACUGCAGAGUAUUUCCAAGGAAAUUAGCUGUACACAUAUUACGCGAGGCGAAAAUGCUUUUAAAAGCACUCUGUAUCACAGAAGAAGAUCAGGCUGUCAUUGAUGUUAUAGACAAGUGCUGCCCACAAGUUAUAGAAAAAUUACUUCCUAGUUUACCAGCUGCAGAAAAAACUGCUGCAUUAGCUGCUUCGACCAUAGACUUACAGUGGAUUGCUGAUAGAAGUGCCUCCGUAUGGACUGCUGACGAUUCAUGUAACGCAAAUCGUUCAACGACUUCGUUGAAUUCAGGUGCCAUGGAUCCUUGGAGUGCUUGCUUAUUUGCUUUCCUUGAGCGUGGACGAGUCCUUACACAUUGCCCUCUUGCUGUGACCCAUUCAUGGCCAUUUGUUUUCGGCAGAGUUACUACUCUUUUCACGGUUGUUGAUCCAACCCCUGUGUCAGACAACAGAGCUUCAUUGUUAAGAAGUAGUGCUGUUCCUCGACGUCCAGUUACCGAACGCGACGUUUACAUGCAUCUUUGGAAGAAUUAUGUUACUUUUGCAUACCGUGUGGUACCUCCUGCUCCUUGUCCGAGCGUGAGGUGCGCCUCACCUGACUUAAGUCUCAGCACAUCGGGAACCGACUCUUGUGAUAGCAGCGCCGCAUUGGCCUCCACUCGCCUGAGCGAUUCUAUGGAAGAUCUUCACCAGGCGGUAGCAGCGCCCACACCGCCAACUCCGCCUCUGCCGCCACUGGUGACCGCAACGCUACAAUCAGGAUUAGCGGCUAGAUUCACUCUUCCCUUGUCGUAUGGACGCAGAGACAAACAGCACAAGAGGACUAGUUCGUCACCAGAUUCUUUGAGUGCAGAAAGAGGUGACAGUAAGUCGCCUGGUGCACCAGCCGGUCCUGCUCCGGCAGCUCUGUAUAAAUUGACGGUUCCACUUUUACGAUGCGAAGCAGCUGAUGUGCGAGAUGCAGCAGCUGGAGCUCUGGGAAAAGUCAAUGCUGAAGCAUUGAAAGAUCUUAUGGAAGAAUUAGUUCCUUACAUUCGUGAAGCUGUUGACCGAAAACAAGAAAAUAUGAGACGUCGUAGACGUCGUGAUGCUUUACGAUUGCAGCUGGUACGGGUAUUGGAAUUAAUCGCCGAGUAUGGUACAUUUGGAAUAAGUCCAAGUGUUCUAGAUAGAGAAACAAUGUCUCUACAUCCAACAUUCGUGGAAUAUAUGGAAGGAGCCAGAUUAUAUCUAGAGAAUGAAACUAAGGAAGACAAAGACGCACCCGCCCAACAAGAAGUAAAAUUACAUUUCUGUGAUUUUAUCAGAAAAAUGAUCAAAAGUUUUUCUCUUGAAACUUGUACUACUUUAUUAAAGCGAGAUUUACGAAGUGGCCUUUUUAAUUUAUUUGCACCGUGGUCUGGGCCUUUUGCUAAGCCAUUAGGCUACACUCAAAGUCAUUCAUCCUCUGCAGAUGCAGAUGAAAAGUUACAAAUGUCGGCUUUGCAGGCAAUGAGCGCUUUGUUGUGCUGCGGCGGAUGUUUCGAUCCAUUAGCAUUAGCUGAAGAUGGAUCUUUGUACCCUUGGCUGGAUAUGCUAUUGUCGUCUACUGAUGAUAAGAUAUACCAGCUAGCUCGAGAAACUGCAGUGUUAUUAUUAGAAGCAAAUCCAGAUAUUGGACCACUUUUGGAUUGGGCUUUGGACAGAUGUUACACUGGACAGCCUCGUGUGGCUGAUGGAUGCUUUAUGGCCCUUGCCGCCAUAUUCAGUGCACGUGAAUAUCCUUGUGAUCACUACACUGCCGUUAUAAAUGUUACCUUGCUGAGUACUGGUUGUCCUCGUGCUGCAGUGCAUGAUACUGCUCUCCAACUUCUGCAGCUUUUGGAUCGAAGAUUUUUCGGAGAUGUAGGACCCCCUUUGAGUGAUGGCGACCAGCCCGAAUCAAUGGAAAUAAUUUCUGAUUCACGUCCUAUUAUUAAAUAA